GCCGCCCCUCGCCGGCCAGAGCCUCUCGCCUCUAGGAUGCAGCUGUGGCUGCUGAACGGCGGCGCACCGGAGCAGGGACGAGGACUGCCGCGGGAGGAGCAGGAGCGCCCCGGGCGGCCGGAUUCCCCGGGAGGCAGCAGAAUCCUGAUCCCGCUCUACAAUGGAAAAACUGCUUUUGUAUUUGCUCUUCAUUGGCUUAGCAGUGAAGGCCCAGAUCUGUCCCAAGCGCUGCGUGUGCCAGAUCUUGUCUCCAAACCUUGCAACACUUUGUGCAAAGAAAGGGCUCUUAUUUGUACCCCCCAAUAUUGACAGGAGGACCGUCGAAUUGCGGCUGGCAGACAACUUUGUGACAAACAUCAAACGCAAAGACUUUGCCAACAUGACCAGCCUGGUGGAUCUGACGCUCUCGAGGAAUACCAUUAGUUUUAUCACGCCUCACGCAUUUGCAGACCUGCGGAACUUGCGGGCUUUGCAUUUGAACAGCAACCGCUUGACGAAAAUCACCCACGACAUGCUGAGCGGACUGUCCAACCUGCACCACCUGAUCCUGAACAACAACCAGCUGACGUGGAUCUCCUCGACGGCGUUUGACGACGUCCUGGCUCUCGAGGAGCUGGAUCUGUCCUACAACAACCUGGAGACGAUUCCCUGGGACACUGUGGAGAAGAUGGUCAGUCUGCAUACGCUCAGCCUGGACCACAACAUGAUCGACAGCAUCCCCAAGGGGACCUUCUCCCACCUCCACAAGAUGACGCGGCUGGACGUCACCUCCAACAAGCUGCAGAAGCUGCCGCCGGACCCCCUCUUCCAGAGGGCGCAGGUCCUGGCCACCUCGGGCAUCCUCAGUCCGUCCACCUUCGCGCUGAGCUUUGGCGGCAACCCCUUGCACUGCAACUGUGAGCUCCUGUGGCUGAGGCGCCUCUCCCGGGAGGACGACUUGGAGACCUGCGCGUCUCCCUCCCUCUUGUCUGGCCGCUACUUCUGGUCGGUCCCCGAGGAGGAGUUCUUGUGCGAGCCGCCCCUCAUCACCAGGCACACCCACGAGCUCCGGGUGCUGGAGGGCCAGCGGGCCAUCCUGAGGUGCAAAGCCCGAGGCGACCCGGAGCCCGGCAUCCACUGGAUUUCCCCGGAAGGCAAGCUGAUCUCCAACGCCACCCGCUCGCUGGUCUAUGACAACGGGACCCUGGACAUCCACAUCACCACCAUGAAGGAUACGGGCUCAUUCACCUGCAUUGCUUCCAACCCAGCCGGGGAGGCCACGCAGUCUGUGGACCUCCACAUCAUCAAACUGCCUCACAUCGUGAACAGCACAAACCACAUCCACGAACCGGACCCUGGCUCCUCGGACAUCUCCACCUCCACCAAGUCUGGCUCAAAUGCGAGCAGUAGCAAUGGGGAGACAAAGGUUAGCCCGGACAAGAAGGUGGUGGUGGCAGAGGCCACGUCCUCCACUGCCCUGCUUAAGUUUAACUUCCAAAGGAAUAUACCUGGGAUACGGAUGUUCCAGAUUCAGUACAACGGGACUUAUGACGACUCGCUUGUUUACAGAAUGAUCCCUCCCACGAGCAAGACCUUCCUGGUCAACAACCUGGCUGCUGGGACCAUGUACGACCUGUGCGUCUUGGCCAUCUAUGACGACGGCAUCACCUCCUUGACUGCCACCCGCGUGGUGGGCUGCAUCCAGUUCACGACGGAGCAGGAUUAUGUGCGCUGCCACUUCAUGCAGUCCCAGUUCCUGGGGGGGACCAUGAUCAUCAUCAUUGGCGGGAUUAUCGUGGCCUCCGUGCUGGUCUUCAUCAUCAUCCUCAUGAUCCGCUACAAGGUGUGUAACAAUGGCGGGCACCCCAAGGUGGCCAAGGUCAGCAACGUUUACUCCCAGACCAAUGGGGCGCAGGCGCAGGGGUGCAGCGGAACCGCCAUGCCCCAGUCCGGCUCCAAGCAGGCCGUGGGGCCCGAGGAGAGCCUGCAGUGCUGCAAGGUCAGCCAUGACAGUGUGGCGCAGUCGUCCGACGCCUGCUCCAGCCAGGACUGCUCCGCCGCUACCUCCGCCGUGCCUCACGGGUGGACUCCGGGCCCUCCCGCUUCCCAAAAGCUGAAGCGGAAGCCCAUGCCAAAGCCCAGCAGUGAGCCGCAGCCGCCGAGCGAAGAGGGCGCCACCAGCCUCGAGGCCCAGAACACCAACCGCAACAACUCCACUGCCCUGCACUUGGACUCUGCCGGGGGAGAGCCCCUGCCCAGAAGAGCACAAGCCAAGCCAAGUAAGUUCCUCACCUUGCCAGCUGACCCCUCCCGGGCCAAGCGCAGGUACUCCCUGCAUGGCGAAGUCAAGGAAUACCGUUGCUAUCUUAACUCCUCCCCACCCUCGGGUGGAUUCUGGUCUAAGCGGAGCCUGUCUAUGAACGGGAUGCUCACGCAGACAGACUGCUCGGAUGUGGAUAGUGGCAAAGCAACGUCCUCCAGUUCUGAGUGGAUAUUGGAAAGCACUGUGUGAUCCGCUCUGGUGUGUGUUUUCUAUGAAAGCCCAUGGGGCGAAACUCAGCCGCCAAACCUGGGCGGAGAACUCUGGUGCCGUUGGCCUUUUCCACCCCACCGGUGUCCGUGCAGAGCUGUGCACAGGCCACGGGGGGCACUUCCACAGUUUCCGUUGGGUUUUUUUUUAGUUUUAUUUAAUAUAACCACCGAAGGCAAAUAAUUUAAAGAGCUCAUUCAAAAAAAAAAAAAAAAAAGUGGGGGGGGAAAGACAAAAUCCAUUAAGGGGGGAAGCAUGAAACAACACCAGUGCCUUCCCAGACUCCAGGAUUGGCAUUUUGGUUCCACAGGAGCAGAUCGAGAACAAAAGAGCCUUUGAUUGGGGAGCCGCUUUCUCCUCUGGGCUAACAAGGACCACUUGAUGGAUCCACCAGUGUGUGUGUGUGUGUGUGUGUGUGUGUGUAAAUAUAUAUAUACACACACACACACACACACACACACACACACACACACACACAUAUAUAAUUUUUAGAGCAAUCCAACCCCCCCCCACUCCCACCUCUCUCUCUCGAUCUCAUUUUUUCCAGUGACAAUGGUGUUGCCUUCGUUUUCAGGCAAAUGAUGUAAAAAACCAACAACUCUGUGUUGUUAUGUUGUGUAAAAUAAAAUAUUCCACAAACACA